GCCACAGCCCGCACCCCACACCGUAAUUCCUGGGUCCACUACUCUGGACUCAUCCUCCAUCCUUCCCAUCAGGGGUCGAGAUGGACCCCUCAGCUCAGAGCUCCCUGGAGACCUGCUGUGUGGCCCUGGCCUGGUGCUGGCCCUCUCUGCGCCCUGGCUCCUUCUCUGUGGUCCAGGAAAGGAUCUAGAGGCCCCUGAGGGAAGUGAUGGGGAAAUCUCAGCCUGCAGCCUCCAGCCAGCCCAGAGUCAAAGUCAGGCACAAGGCCAGGACAGCCCCACCCCAGGGGCUGGCCCAGCCUUGCACAUUUCAUAACGGAAGGGCAGCUGGGUAGAGCAGGGCCCACCAGGAGGAAGGGCAGCUUCGCAGGGCCUCAGGAUGGACCCCUUCGCGGACACGCUGCAGCGGCUGCGGGAGGCCUUCGACUCGGGGUGCACGCGGCCGGCCGAGUUCCGGGCUGCCCAGCUGAAGGGCCUGAGCCGCUUCCUGCAAGAGAACAAGCAGCUUCUGCAGGAGGCGCUGGCGCAGGACCUGCACAAGUCAGCCUUCGAGUCAGAGGUGUCUGAAAUCAGCAUCAGCCAGAACGAGAUUAACUUGGCCCUUAGGAACCUGCGGGCCUGGAUGAAGGAUGAGAAAGUGCCCAGGAACCUGGCCACACAGCUGGACUCGGCCUUCAUCCGGAAGGAGCCCUUCGGCCUGGUGCUCGUCAUCGCCCCCUGGAACUACCCUCUGAACCUGAGCCUAGAGCCCCUGGUGGGCGCCCUCGCAGCAGGGAACUGUGUGGUGCUGAAGCCCUCGGAGGUCAGCAAGAGCACUGAGAAGGUCCUGGCCGAGGUGCUGCCCCGAUACCUGGACCAGAGCUGCUUUGCCGUGGUGCUGGGCGGGCCCCAGGAGACCGGGCAGCUACUGGAGCACAAGUUCGACUACAUCUUCUUCACAGGGAGCCCCCGAGUCGGCAAGAUUGUCAUGGCUGCUGCCGCCAAGCACCUGACCCCCGUCACGCUGGAGCUGGGGGGCAAGAACCCCUGCUACGUGGAUGACAACUGCGACCCCCAGACCGUGGCCAACCGCGUGGCCUUCUUCCGCUAUUUCAACUCCGGCCAGACCUGCGUGGCCCCCGACUAUAUCCUGUGCAGCCCCGAAAUGCAGGCUCGACUGCUGCCCGCCCUGCAGAGUGCCAUCACCCGUUUCUAUGGCGAAGACCCCCAGAGCUCCCCAGACCUGGGCCGCAUCAUCAGUGAGAAGAAUUUCCAGCGGCUCCGGGGCCUGCUGAGCUGUGGCCACGUGGCCAUCGGGGGCCAGACUGAUGAAAGCGAUCGCUACAUCGCUCCCACGGUGCUGGUGGGCGUGCAGGAGACGGAGCCGGUGAUGCAGGAGGAGAUCUUCGGGCCCAUCCUGCCCAUCAUGAACGUGAGGAGCCUGGACGAGGCCGUCGAGUUCAUCCGCCGUCGGGAGAAGCCCCUGGCCCUGUACGCCUUCUCCAACAGCAGCCAGGUGGUCAAGCGGGUACUGGCCCAGACCAGCAGCGGGGGCUUCUGUGGGAACGACGGCUUCAUGCACAUGACUGUCGCCAGCCUGCCCUUCGGAGGAGUGGGCGCCAGUGGGAUGGGCAGCUACCACGGCAAGUUCUCCUUCGACACCUUCUCCCACCACCGCGCCUGCCUGCUGCGCCGCCCUGGGCUGGAGAAGGUCUACGCUCUCCGCUACCCGCCCCACACUCCACGCAACCUGAGGGUGCUGCUCGCAGCCAUGGAGACACGCAGCUGCAGCUGCGCCCUGCUCUGAGCCACCCUGCACACAGGGGAUCCGAGCGUCCCUCCCAGCUCACGUCUACGAGUCCUCCGCUGCCGUGGCCACCUGAGGCUGGUGGAGACAUGACCUGGGGUCCACGACACAGGGGGAAAACACCUGCCGGGGCCACGGCCCAGACCAGUGCUUGCCCUCCUCCCGCCUGGGGCUUCUCUUUUCAGGCCCUCAGCUGCCCCCCAGCCAGGAUGGGCCAAGGUUUGGGAGCAUUGGAAACAGUGCAGUAACCUGCCCUCCCGCUCCCACGCUGGCCACCUGUGUUCUGGGAGACGAGGGAAGAUGUGGGUACCUCUCAGGACAGAAGGUGCCCUUUCUGUGGAGGGUGCAGAAGGGGUCCUGGCAUCCGGUCCAUGACACACUGUGGGCCUGCUGUGACCUGGGUCGUCCCUGCCCUCUCUGAGCCUGGUUCCCUAUCUGUUGCACAGAGGAGGUGAUUAACACCUCCUGAGAUCAUCAUGAAGAUUAAAUUUUGGAGCUUAAUUGCCGACUCCAGGCUCCAGGCGUCCUGUCUCCUCAUUUGGGAGGGGGGAGGCUGCUUCCCUCUACUCUCUCCGCACCUCUCCCUCCAGGUCAGGUUGAUGAGAUGCCCAUAGUAGGAUCUCCCUUCUCUUCACCUCGGGCCUCUUAGGAGCUCUGAACUAGCUCCUGUCCCCCAAGUGGCUGGCCCUGGGCACCUUCCCCUCAUCAUGUCCCACACUGGACUCCUCCCCUUCCCUCUCCUGCUCAUCCUCCUGGGCCCCCAUGCCGUGGAGUGAUCCCCCAUUCACUCAGCCACAAAGCCAGACUCCCCGGCCUCCUGCUAGACACUCCCUUCUCACUUCCCAAGUCCCAUCUUUGAGUAAUUCUUGAUGAUUCUAUAAAAUACCACAGACUUCCCCAAUCCACACACUAAUCGCUGUGCCCCGGGCCAUCCAUCACCUACCCUCUUUCCCCGGGGCCCAGCCCUUCUCCUCAGAGAUCUUCCCAAAGCCCACUGGACCAUACUAGCCCUCAGCCUGAACCCCUUCAGUGGUGCCCCUGGCUCACAAGUCUGGACCCAUAACAAUCCUUGGGAGGCUCUGCACAGCCCUGUACACGCUCCCCCCCCCACCCCCCACCGCCAACCCAUCCUUGCCCUCUUCUAACGCACUGGAUGUGUGCUCCUUCUAUGGUGGACCUCCGCACAGAAGCUGGGCAUGCUCUCUGGCCCUUCUGGUUCUGCUCGACUCCUCCUUGCGCUCUACUUGGAUAUCAUCUCCUCCAGGAAGCCCUCCCUGACCACCUUCCACUCCCCCCAACACACAGGCGGCCUCAGGGGCUUUCUCAGUGUCCGCAGCCUCCCGAGUCCCUCUGCCACACAAUUCACUGGGAGGAAACACGGGUUUGGGGGCUGUUGAGGGACGGGGCUCCCGGGUCAUACAGAUCCAGGAGUGGCUCAGGCGGCCGCACUUCGCAGAUCUAAGGCUUAGGCCAAGUUACUACAGAAGUCCGUGCCUCAGUUUCCCCAUCUGUAAAGCGAAAUUAAUCGUUCCUCCCCACAGGGCUGCCGGGGGAAUUAAAUGAAGACGCCAGGAUGAAGGUUUAGCAUAGAGUAGGCAUGGCUCCCGCGAGGAAUCACCACAGGCUACGAUUCUCAUCACCGUUAUCAUACACGCCCCGCCGAGGGCGAGCGGGUGUCCUCCAGCCCAGGGCGCCGGGUCCGACAGGAGCAGCAACCUUAAACCACGCCUCGGAUGUCCCGCCUCCAAGAGCUCGGGA